AUGUUUGCAACUCCACCACCGACCGCCAUCGCCUCCAAGGAAGAAGGUCAUGCUACCCCUACUACUCGUCUCCCCACCCGCUCCUCGUCCUCCAUCUUACCGCCUGACAACACUUGUAUAAGAGUACCAGAAUCGACCCCUAUCCAGGUCGACGGUCUCAGCUUUACCCUCUCCAGUCCUCUGGUAUCGUACCAGUUCCAUGUCGGCGACGAUGGAGACCUUAUUCACGACUACUUUGGGCCAUACACGCCAGAUCUUGUACGCGAACUGCCAGCAUCUCGCAAUGGCUGGCGUGGACCCCUUGCCAGGAGUCGCCGAGAGUUCCCAGACCAAGGUCGAGGGGACUUCAGGCUACCUGCUUUCCACAUUCGACAUGAUUCUGGUCAUACGGUAUCGCAAUUCGUAUAUGAGAGCUAUCAAGUCCUGGAAGGCAAGCCGCCUCUGGAAGGACUCCCUGCAACAUGGGGCGAUACUUCUUCUGUCUCUACCCUCCUCAUCCACCUCGUCGAUCGCCCUUCCUAUCUUCGCGCAACUCUGUCAUAUUCCAUUUUUCCCGACAUUGGCGCCAUCACCCGCAGCUUUGAGCUGAAGAAUAUCGGAGACGAGAAUGUCGUGUUGGAAAGGGCAAUGAGCUGGAGUGUGGAUAUGCCAGCGGCCGAGUGGGAGAUGGUGCAGCUUUCGGGCGAUUGGGCGAGAGAGGGAAAGGCUAUUAGACGUCCUGUCUACCCAGGUGUCCAAGGCUUUCAAAGUGCCACGGGCUACGCCUCCCAUUUCCACAACCCCUUUCUCGCACUCGUCCGCCCAGAAAGCACUGAAACGACAGGUUCAGCCUACGGCUUCAAUCUAAUCUACUCGGGUUCCCACGCCACCGAGGUCGAGCAGUUUACACCAGGAUUCACCAGAGUCCUCAUGGGAUUGAACCCGUUGCACCUUUCUUGGACUCUUGCGCCUGGCAAGACCUUUACGGCUCCCGAAUGUGCCGCUGUCUAUUCCGAGGAAGGCCUGGGAGGCAUGAGCCGUGCAUUCCACAGGCUCUAUCGGGGGCACCUCAUUAGAAGCCCCUGGGUGGACAAGCCCCGACCAGUCUUGAUCAACAACUGGGAAGCGACCUACUUUGACUUUACUGCUGGUGACAUCCAGGCUAUUGCAAAGACCGCCGUUGAUCUUGGCGUCAAGCUCUUCGUGCUCGAUGAUGGAUGGUUUGGCAAUGGUCAAACGCACGCUCGUGUAAACGAUGAACAGGGCUUGGGCGACUGGGAGCCCAAUGCGCAGCGGUUCCCCGACGGUCUGAGCAAGUUUGUCGACAGUAUCACUGCGCUCAAGACCACUGCACACGACAUUAUGAGAUUUGGAAUCUGGGUCGAGCCCGAGAUGGUCAACCCCCACUCUGCCUUGUAUGAAAACCAUUCCGACUGGGUCCUCUCCACCCCUGGGUACCCUCAAACAGAGCAGCGUAGCCAGCUGGUCCUCAACGUGGGUUUGCCUGAAGUACAAGAAUACAUCAUCUCCUUCAUGACAAAGCUGCUGGACAGUGCGCAAAUCACAUACGUCAAAUGGGACAACAAUCGCGGGAUGCACGAGAUGCCUCAUCCAUCCUCUGCGCAUCAAUACAUCCUGGGUCUCUACCACAUCCUUGACGUCUUGACGUCCCGCUUCCCAGAUGUGUUGUGGGAAGGCUGCGCUUCGGGUGGCGGGCGUUUCGACGCUGGUCUCAUGUACUACUGGCCUCAGAGCUGGACGUCCGACGAUACCGACGCGUACGAACGCCUCUUCAUACAAUUCGGCACCACCCUCCCAUACCCCGCCUCUACUAUGGGCGCACACGUCUCUACUGUGCCGAAUCAUCAGCUCGGGCGUACCACUCCUUUGGAGUUUCGCGCUCAUGUGGCGAUGAUGGGCGGAAGCUUUGGGUUUGAGCUGGAUCUUGGGACGUUGGAUGAUAAGGAGAAGGGAGAGGUCAGGGAACUGAUCAAGCUUGCGGAGAGGGUGAAUCCCCUAGUGGUUCAAGGGGUCAUGUACAAGCUUGCCUUGCCGGAGACGAGCAACUGGCCCGCCGCUCUCUUUGUCUCGCAAGACCGAUCCCAAGCCGUCCUUAUCGCCUUCCAAGUUCGCUCGACCAUCUCUCUCGUCGUGCCGCCACUCAAAAUGCAAGGACUGGAGGAAGAAGCGUUGUAUAGAGUAGAUGGAGAGAGGUAUCAGGGGUCGACAUUGAUCAAGGCGGGGCUGAGGGUGAACUGGAAGAAAGGUUCGAAGGGCGAUUAUGCCAGCAAGGUCAUCUGGCUAGAGAGGGAGUAG